AAGAAGUACAUUGAAGAAACUACUUCGUUGGACUGAAUUCUACAGAAACUAAGCUUUUACGAAAAUGGUGGAGGUAGAAGACAAGCUGAUCAAGGAGGACGGGUUGGGUCUUCUCACCGCAACCUUCUUCCUGGCUGGUACCAUGGCAGGCUCGGGUGUACUGGCCCUUCCUAUGGCAAUGGUGGGAACAGGUCCUGCUGAGCUUGCUAUGCUUGUGUUCUUCGCUGCUACAUCAGCAUUUGUCGGUAUCAAGCUAGGCCAGUGCUGGGUCAUCCUAGAGGAACGCUAUCCAGAGUAUAGAGGACAAGUCAGAGACCCGUACCCCUCUAUUGCUGAGAAAGCAGCGGGAAAAAUUGGCAGGUUUGCUGCAAUAACAUGUAUAAACUUAUGCCUGUACGGGGCUGGAUGUGUUUUUAUAGUGCUGAUAGCUUCUUUUAUCAAAAAUAUAUUUGAUGAAUACAAUUUAGAGCUAAACUUUGGAAUUUGGAUGGUCAUCGUGGCUGCAGUUAUGAUCCCACCGUGCUGGCUUGGAACGCCAAAUGACUUCUGGCCGUUGGCAAUAGGAGCUCUGAUUACAACAGUAGUUGCCUGUGUCCUGGUGAUGGUAAGAUUACCAAUGGAUGUUGUGGAUCCAGACCAUUGUCUCAAAGAAAUUCCAGAUUUAAAUACAACGCUUAUAGGAGAGCAUUCAACUCCUAAUUUCCUUGGCAUUGCUAGAGCGUUCAGCACCACCAUGUUUGCUUUUGCCGGGGCUCCUAACUUCCCAACUAUACAGUCAGAUAUGAAGGAUAGAAGACAGUUCUCUAUUUGUGUAUCAAUUGCAAUGGGAGUACUAUUGUGUAUCUAUGCUCCUAUGGCUGCAGUUGGAUAUUUUGAGUUGGGAGAUGCUGUUAAAGGAAAUAUUGUUGACUCUAUGUGUAAUGGAAAUGUGAAGAUAGCAGUUGAAUGUUUGCUGCUGGCGCACUUGAUUUCUGCAUUCCCAAUUGUUGUGAAUCCACCAAAUCAGUUUAUAGAGGGAGUUCUGGGAAUUCCCAAAAAUUUUACUUGGAAGAGAGUUGUUUUCCGUUCUUUUGUCAUUGUUGGUCUUCUCUUCAUUGCUGAGUCAUUGCCUGACUUUGGUUCCAUCCUAGACCUGGUGGGCGGGUCUACAGUCACCCUCCUUACCUUUGUGUUCCCGCCCUUCUUCUAUAUGCGCCUGGUAGAUAUGUCGAACCAGAGCUCAGAUUGGGAACAGAGAAAAGCAAGCAUAGAUGAUUGUUCACCUCUUCUUAAUCAUAAAAUAACAAUAAGCUUGAAGGAGAGAUUAUUCUGCUGGUUUGUUAUAACUGUAGGUAUUGUUGGUGGUGUGUGUUCUACUGGGGUAGCGGUGUACAGUAUAGCAGAUAGUAACUUCAAGAUGCCCUGCUAUAUUGAAACCUGUCGCUAGAGUAGUGGUGUACAGACACAGUAUAGCAGAUAGUAACUUCAAGAUGCCCUGCUAUAUUGAAACCUGUCACGAAGGUAGUGGUGUACACUGUACAGUAUAGCAGAUAGUAACUUCAAGAUGCCCUGCUAUAUUGAAACCUGUUACUAGAGUAGUGGUGUACAGUAUUGCAGAUAGCAACUUCAAGACGACCUGCCAUAUUGAAACCUGUCACUAGAGUAGUGGUGUACAGUACAGCAGAUGGUAACUUCAAGAUACCCUGCUAUAUUGAAACCUGUUUCUUUAUUAUUUUUAUCUACAUAUGUUAACUUUCUUAAAAUGAUUAUUUGCUAUAUCUUUGCAACAUGGUGUGAUAUCACAGAAAUUUGAAUAUCAUUCUGCUUUAAAGUCAAAAUUGAAAAGCAUUAGAAUUUUUUUUUAGUUUCAGGCGAAUUAUGUAUUUUUUGUUUUCUUAGCAUAAUUGCUUAGUGUUCAUUGUCUAAUUUGGUAAAAAAUCUGCAUAGUUCACAAAUGGUUCAUUUUUUAUUUUAAGAUAGACUAAAAUACCAACAUGUUGACACAAAAUUCUAUAUGUAAUCUAUCUACAUAAAAAUCUAGUCCAUACUUUAAAACUUGAACACUUUGCAGCUAUAAAAUCUUCAUGUCUGGAAUAAAAAUCUAUUUUUGGCCUGACAAGGUAAAGCCAAGAGCUAAGACCUAGAACAUCUUUUAGUUGUCCAGGUUGCAACAGUUGAUGCAUAAUUUUUAUAGCUGUGUAUUGUGUAAUGCUAAUUAACUUUUUUCAUAAUUAUUUAUUCUUUUGUCUAAAAUAAAAACUGUCAAAUUCUU